AAACCUUAGGGGGGGUGGUGGUGCAUGUGGACCAUUGCUCUCUAUAAAACAUUGCCCUCCAUAAACACUUAGAAGAAAAUAGCAAAUAUCCAGUACCCACAAACCAGAAUUACAGGGACAGGAGGCACUCCCAUGGAUGAAUCAACAUUGGAGCUUGAGUUGCCAGGUUUUCGGUUUCACCCCACUGAAGAAGAGCUUCUUGAAUUCUAUCUGAAAAAUAUGGUUUUUGGCAAAAAAUGGCGCUCUGAUAUAAUUGGUUUUCUGAACAUUUACCAUCAUGAUCCUUGGGACUUGCCAGGGCUGGCAAAGAUUGGCGAGAGAGAAUGGUACUUCUUUGUGCCUAGGGACCGGAAGCAUGGCAGUGGAGGAAGGCCUAAUAGGACAACUGAGAAUGGAUUCUGGAAGGCAACUGGUUCAGACCGUAAGAUACUGAGUUUAUCGGACCCCAAGAGGAUGAUAGGGUUGAAGAAGACUCUCGUUUUUUAUGAGGGCAGAGCACCACGAGGCUGUAAAACUGAUUGGGUCAUGAAUGAGUACCGCUUACCUGAUACAUGCCCCUCACCCAAGGACACAGUGUUGUGUAAGAUAUAUAGAAAGGCAACCUCCUUGAAGGUGUUGGAGCAGAGGGCAGCAAUGGAAGAGGAAAUGAAGACAAUUCAAGCACCUCCUCCUGCAUCUCCAAUAAUGGGCACCAUGUCGUUUUGCAAUCGACAUGAAGAUUUUAUGGUUUUCAAGAAGGAAGAUGAAGAGCUACUACAAUUAGAGGAGAGAAAGAACGGUGGAACAGAGGAAAAUGUAGGAAAGACUUGCUCAACUCUGCAGUUGCCCAUGGGGAUAGAAAAGUUGACAGAGGUCCAAGUACCCAAAUUCAGCAUGGACUGGACCCAGGACCCUUUUUGGACACAGUUACGUAGCCCUUGGCUGGACAAUUGCAACCCUUAUGCCAAUGUACUAAAUUUCUAAAAGUUAUAUGAUGCUUGAGAGCAAUCAAACUUUAGAAUUGCAGAUACAGAACUUGUAGCCAUUUGUAUUUUCCCUUUGAAUGGAAGGUCUGGAAUGCAUUCACAACGGUCAUUGGGUUAUGAAACGGAACAGAAAAGAUUAGACUCAACCAUAGAGUGACGGCAAGAUCUUGAUUUUGUUGUAAAAACUAAUAAUACUUGAGAGUGUUUGUUCAAAUAUCAUUCUCAUUCCCAAGCACAACUCAAAACCC